AAACAAAGAUGGUGGUCAUGCGCAUUGCAAACGAGAUCAAAACACUGCAUGAAGUUAGAUUAUACAGAUUUUAAAACCUGAAGCUUGAUUUAGAUCUUGAUAUAAAAUCUAUAUGGAAUAUUUUCUAGAUUCAUAUUAUUGACCACUAAUUAGAUCUAGGUAUUCCAAGCAUGAAACCUUUGAGGAAUGAACCCACUAUUUACCACAUGGUCUAGCAUUGGACUCUGCCAAUAGUUAAAGGACAAAUUCGGUUCUAACAUGUCGAGACGCGGGAGCAAAAGAAAACCAGUCUUGCAGUUGAGUAACGCAAGCAGCACAUUACAUCGCUAUGGUUACAGCAAAGAGUUUCAUUCUAAAGAUAAAGCAGGCAAAGGUGUUGCUUUGGCUUUGGUUGGCAAUUAUUCAGACUCAGACUCUAAUGAACAAAGUGAUAAUGAGGAUCAAACUGCAGACCAGUUGGAAGUCAAUGACAAUGAUAUGUCAGACAAUAAGUUUGAGUCAACUGGUGAUAUGGGCGGUACACCUUCACUAGAAAAUGCUAUUCAACCUUCAGAUAUGGAUAAUAAACUCAAGAACUUUCUCUCGGAAAUCGAGGCUAUUCCUGUCCCAUCGUCACUUGUAAGUGGGCCGUCAGGAGUGAGUCCAGCUCACCCCACGCAGGAACCUGAAGCUGUGACUGAGAGCACAGGGCCUCCCAUAAAAAAAUCCAGCACCAACCAUUACUCCAUGUUUGUCAAGGGAGAGGUUGAGUUUGCACAAAAGCCUCAACAGGUUCCAGCAACUCAGAUGUCAGAGAAUAAUGUCAACACUGCCAAGAGAUGGGAAGAUGAAGAGCUUCCAGAGGAGCCAACCACAAACUGGCAGUUGGUCCAGGAUGAAAGUACUCAGUAUUACUACUACUGGAACAUGGUGACCAAUCAGGUGACCUGGGAGAUCCCCUCAGACUACACUCAGUUCCUCCUCCUCCAUCAAGAGUAUGAGGAAAAAAUAGCCAAGUACACGCCUGAACAGUUAAAAGUUUUACAAGAGAAAAAGGCCAAAAAAUGUGUUCAAAAUUCUGAUUCCAAGCUUACUGAAGGGGGCGUCACCAAGCGAAUCGCUCAUGCCCCUCCAGUUCCUGCACUCACUGACAGCAGGAUAAAUCUGGUGACUAAAUCUUCCAGCAACCACCUCAGCCCCCAGCACCCAGAAAGUGAUUCAGACUCCAAGAAAUCUAAACACAAGAAAGAAAAGAAAAGCCACCACAAGAAGAAACACAGAGAUAAGCUUCAUGAUGGCAUGUCAGAAGAGAAUAAAGAUCUCUCAGAACUGGACAAAAUGAAAGCCUCCUCCUUGUCAGCCCUGGCUAAGAUAGUUCCCUAUCUCUCGGACCAGGAAGAUGAAGAUGAUGAAUUUUUAUCACAAACGGACACAAAGGCUUUGACUGAAAAACCCGUCGGUGAAGAUCUAACAAAUUGUACAACAGAGGUAUCCUUAACCAAUGCAUCUUCCAAUCAGCAUUUGUUAGACUCAAAACUUUCCAGCUCCACAAAAGGUGCUGUGAGUGAAAGUAACUUGGUAACAUCGGAAAAGUCGCAGACAAAAACACAAGAAGCCCUAAAGAACAGUGCAGAAGAACCAGAAGCCAGUCCGUUGACCAGUAGCUCUCUAGCAGGUACGACCGGAACAAUUUUAACCUUUAGUGGUAUAGACAGCGUUGAUGACAUAAUAAACAGUAUUCUCCAACCCACAAUGCCAUCCUCUACCGGCAAGGAGAAAAGCAACGAAGAGAACCUAACUCCACAGAGACUACAUAUUGACAAAUCUGAUGGAGAGAUAGCAAAGAAAUCUAAACUGGCAUGUUCUGAUGUCUCUGAUAACUCUGUGACUGUGAAACUUGAAGCGUCUCCCUCGUUGGAUGAUGUCAACAAGAAGGACAGUUUGCGUUCAGAAGAAAAAAUCCUAGAUGCAAUUAAAAAAGAGAGUCUUUCAGAAGAACUAACAGUGGCUAGUCUGAAGAUAGCUCAACCUGUUCUCAAAGACGACCAUUCCUCUGACAAGAAUUUAAAAACACGCCCCAGCGUUGACAAACUUGCCAAAAAAGACGACCCUCCCUCAGAUAAAAUCUCCAAAACAGUUGCCAGUGCUGACGUGCACAAACGAAGCACCUCAAAGCGUGAAGCUACUGAGAUAGUCAAAGUAGACGUUGUAGAAGAAGGGGAGAUUACUGAGCCCAUUAAAAUGAACUCUCACGCAAGUGACAAGCAUGAGAAGCACAAUAAGAAAUCCUACUCUUCUUCCUCCUCCCGAUGGAAAGACAAGUACGAGGGAAGCAGUGAAAAGAAAAAAGUUUUGAACAUUGUCGGCUACGAGAGUGAGGAGGAAGAAGAGGGGGAAGUGAGAGAUAAAAAGAGGCGGGAGGAGUCGAGAAAUUCUUACAAGAAAAAGAAGAAAGACAAAAAACGGGAAUCUAGUCGGAGGCACAGCAAAGAUGAGAAACCUUCAUAUCCAGGUUUGUUUGAGGGCAAGCUGGACAAGGAAAUCAUUUCUAAAGUGACCGACACUUUGGAUCAGGCCAUCUCGGACAUAGUUUCCAAGACUGUCAGCAAGACAAUGGGCCAGCUCAGUAUUGGUAAGGAGAAGAAAGCUCAAGUUCCAGAAGAGGACAAACCAAAGACACCAGAGGAAGAGACUGAAGAGAUUGACUUUGAUGAUCUCGAUGACAUAGACCGUGCACUGGAAGUGGCGCUGGAGAAGAAGCUGGAACAGAAAAAAGUGGAACUCAGCAAGUAUGAAGAUGAAGAGCCUAAAAAGGUUUUAGAGACUGAUGUUGUAUCGGCCAUGACCCCAGAGGUCACUAGUCUCUCACCUACACCAAUAGCCGAGUCUGUAAAUGAGAAUGUUCCAGAACCAACAUGUACCCCACCAGAGGUCACUGCUAACACCAAAAUAGAAGAAACAACAGAAUAUGAGACAAAGCUCAAAGAAGAUGUGAAAUCAGUGGCUGAAUUAGCUUUAAGCAAGCUUCAGUUUCUGGACAUUUCGACAGAAAACUUGUCACGCUUGCAGAUACUCUUUAUUGAAUUACAGACUCGGCAAGCGGAUUGGAUAGCAGGGGGUCUAUCAACACAAUACUUUUACGAACAGCUGAAAGUGGCAGAAGGGUUGCUCGAGCAAUAUGAACUGAGCGCUGUGCCUGAAGGCUGGGCCUGCCAGUGGGACAGGGCCAACAACCGCUAUUACUACCGCAACAAGGCAACGAAUCGUAUUCAGUGGGACUACCCCGAAGCGGAGAGCAAAGACAAGCCAGAGGAGAAGGCGGCUGCUGCUUCUGAGGAAGGAGAUGUUAUCUGUACAAAAGUUGAGAGUGCAGUGGCCCCUGAGGAGGCUCGUAGACCUCGCAGCCGACGCAGCAGCCGUCACAGAAAGAGGGAUGAGAAAGACAGAAGUAAAUAUGACAAGCGCAGCACAUCUCACCAUUAUCGUAGAAAGAGAAGGCGUCGACGAGAUCACAGUAGCAGCAGUGAGGAAAGUGAGAUAGGCCAACAGCAUCGGCGCCACCACAAGAGUAAGAAAAAGAAAAGACACAGGUCAGAGAGAUCACCCAGCGUUAAAAUAAUCGAAAACCCACCCACUCCUGACACUCAGCAGGCUGAAGAGGUUGAUGUGACAAACAAGGAAGAUCUGACCGAAGAGAAGGCAACUCCCCCUGUUGAUACACCAGAGCCAGUGGUAACAGCAGCCCCACCUGUAAUUCCUCCCCCUUUGUUAGCCCCAUACAUUAUACCCCCACCUCCCCCCGAAGAGCCCCCCAAUGAGGACUCCAAUAUAGUGCAGGACAUGGAAGAAAGUGCGGAUGAAAGUUACCAAGAGGAGUACACCAUGUACCCGGAUGAGACUGUCUACCAGAUGAUGGACCCAACACUGUCUAGCAUGGGAGUGAUCUCUAAGCCACCUCAUAUCAUUGUCCCCCAACAGUGUUACCCAAAUACAAUGAUGCCUGAUAUCUAUGCAACAUAUCCACCUCCUGUCAUCAUGACUGCUGGCCAGCCUUGCAGUUAUCUGAUCCAGGCUCCAGUGCCAUCUACCUACACCAUCCCCCCAGUCAGCCUCGAGCCUGUGCCUGAGCUGCCAAAGGACAAUGCUGUGGAGACCAGCGCUGCGGAUGCAGAAAAACAGAUCAAAAAGAAGAAGAAAGAGAAGGUAAAGUGAUGACUUCAACUACAUUUUGUUAUUUGAACUUUUUUUUUUUUCAAAUGAUAAAAUCAGCAACUAUCAGUUACCUUAUUCUUCUUCAUGGCAAGACUUGUGGAACUGUAGGCCCAUGGAAGCUUACCUCCAUCGGCCUGUAUGAACAACUGUUCUAUCAGGGAGGUAUCCAAGCGGAUGUAAAUUAGUCACAUCCCUAUUAUCGGUGGUUCGUAUUGCAAGGCAGAGCACACUGUGGAAACUCCUCCAUAUUUUUUCUCUGUACCACAUCAGCCGUGCAGGUGUCUGCCAUAAAUUGGUUCCUUGGGUAAUAAUGUGUGGAUAAUGAUCCAGGCUCCAGUGCCAUCUACCUACACCAUCCCCCCAGUCAGCCUCGAGCCUGUGCCUGAGCUGCCAAAGGACAAUGCUGUGGAGACCAGCGCUGCGGAUGCAGAAAAACAGAUCAAAAAGAAGAAGAAAGAGAAGAAGUCCUUGGCCACUGGCUCCAGCAUCAUAAUGAAGAAGAAGCACAUGUCCACCAUGGUCCAGAAAUGGCAGAAGGUGAAGAAAGAAGUGGAGAAAGAAGACAUGGCUAAAGAGUUGAGACAGGCUGCAAUCAGAAAAAAAAUUGAAGAGCUCAAGUAGUCGCCCUGGCAUUUUGUUUCUUGUUGAUUCUCUAUUUAGUAUGUAAAUAGUCCCUGAGACAUGACAUGUCUAGACAAAGCUUUCUAUUUAUACUUCAACAUUUGGCCAAAUGUUUUGCACUCUUCAUGUAUAUUAUUUUAUUUCAUGAUAAUAAAUAUUUUGUAUGUA